GCCAUGGAGGAGAUGGACGGCGCGGGCCCGGCCCGGCCCCACUACGGCUCUGUCCUGGAUAAUGAGAGGAUGACGGCCGAAGAAAUGGAUGAGCGGAGGCAUCAGAAUGUGGCCUAUGAAUAUCUGUGCCACCUGGAGGAAGCCAAGAGGUGGAUGGAGGCAUGCCUUAACGAAGAACUUCCUCCCACAACCGAGUUGGAGGAGGGACUGAGGAAUGGAGUCUACCUGGCCAAACUGGGGAACUUUUUCUCCCCCAAAGUGGUGUCUCUCAAGAAGAUCUAUGACCGGGAACAGACCCGAUAUAAAGCCACAGGUCUCCAUUUCCGGCAUACAGAUAAUGUGAUUCAGUGGCUGAACGCAAUGGCUGAAAUUGGCCUUCCCAAGAUCUUUUACCCAGAAACGACAGACAUCUAUGACAGGAAGAACAUGCCACGCUGCAUCUACUGCAUCCAUGCACUCAGUCUGUACCUGUUCAAGUUGGGACUGGCUCCACAGAUUCAAGACCUCUAUGGCAAAGUGGACUUCACAGAGGAGGAGAUCAGUAACAUGAGGAGUGAGUUGGAGAAGUAUGGAAUUCAGAUGCCUGCCUUUGGAAAAAUUGGUGGGAUUCUGGCCAACGAGCUCUCUGUGGAUGAAGCAGCAUUGCAUGCAGCGGUGAUUGCCAUUAACGAUGCCGUAGACCGUCAGAUCCCUCCUGAAACCUUUGCAGCGAUGAAGAACCCCAAUGCCAUGUUGGUGAAUCUGGAAGCGCCCCUGGCCCCAGUGUAUCAGGACACACUGUACCAGGCAAAGCGAGCCAAGACAGAGAGUGCUCGGAACCGGAUUGCCCCUGAAGAUGUGGAAAGAGAACGGGAUGUGUACGAAGAGCUGCUGACUCAAGCAGAGAUCCAGGGCAACGUCAACAAAGUCAACACAUCCUCAGCCUUAUCCAAGAUUGAUCUGGCUCUGGAGCAAGAAGAUGCAGCAACUUUGUAUGAAGCGCUCUCUGCAGCAGCCCUUGGGCUCCGGGGACUGCGGCCUGAAAACCGCGACUGGUAUUUGAAGCAGCUCCUGAGUGACAAGCAACAGAAGCAAGAGGUCGGUGUGGGUGGUCCCCUGCAGAAGGAGGACUUGCAAGCUGGGGUGGACGUUGCAAACAGUGUGGCCCAGCAGUACCAGCACAGGUUGGCAGCUGUUGGGCGAAUCAAUGUGGCCAUCCAGAAUGGCAUUGCGGAGAAGACGGCGGUGGAGCUGAUGAAUCCAGAGGCCCAGCUGCCCCCGGUCUACCCUUUUGCUGCUGGGCUGUACCAGAAAGAGCUGGCCACCCUGCAGCAGCAGAGCCCCACGGGUAACCUGACACACCCAGAGCUGUCCGUUGCCGUGGAGAUGCUCUCUUCUGUGGCCCUCCUCAACCGAGCCCUGGAUUCAGGGGACGUGAGCCUGGUGUGGAAGCAGCUGAGCAGCCCUGUGACUGGCCUGACAAACGUGGAGGAUGAAAAUUCACAGAGAUAUCUUGAUGACCUCCUGAAGCUGAAAGCUCAGGUGCGAGAGGAAGGGACCCAGUUCAUCACAUGGAAUGACAUCCAGUCAUGUGUUGAUCGUGUGAACAUUGUGGUGCAUGAAGAACAUGAGAGGAUUUUAGCCAUUGGACUUAUCAAUGAGGCUUUGGAUGAGGGAGAUGCUAAAAAAACUCUGCAAGCACUGCAGAUCCCUGCAGCAAAACUGGAGGGGGUAACCCCCACAGUCGCACAACACUACCAAGAUGUGCUGCUUCGCACCAAGCGGGAGAAGGCACAGGAAACACAGGAUGAAACUGCCGUCCUUUGGUUGGAUGAAAUUCAGGGUGGGAUUCAUCAGUCAAACAGGGAUACAGAGGAAGCACAACUGUUUUCCUUAGGAAUUCUGGCGAUUAAUGAAGCAGUGGAUGAGGGUGAUACGGGAAAGACCCUCAGCUCCCUGCGUUCAGCUGAUGUUGGAUUGUACGGAGUGACUCCAGAAUGUGCGGAAACAUACCAGCAGGAACUGGCGGGACUCAGACGGGCAAAAUUGGUGGCAGGGAACAACAACAGUGAGUGUGUGAAGCACUGGGUGAAGGGAGGCUACCAUUAUUACCAUAACCUGCAAACCAAAGAAGGAAGUUGGGAGGAACCCGAGGGAUUUGUGCAGAAUAACACUCAGCUCUCCCGGGAGGACAUCCAGAGCUCUAUCUCAGCAGUCACAGCUGCAUACAACCGGGAACAGCUCUGGCUGGCCAAUGAAAACCUGAUCACCAAGCUGCAGGCCUGCUGCCGUGGCUUCCUCGUUCGCAAGGAACUUGAUGCCAGGAUGCACUUCUUGAAGAAGCAGGCUCCUGCCAUAACGUGUAUCCAGGCUCACUGGCGUGGCUACAAGCAGCGGAAGAUAUACCAGGAUCGCUUGAAGUACCUCCAAGCACACAAGGAUGAAGUAGUGAAGAUCCAAGCAAUGACCAGGAUGCAUCAGGCACGAAAGCAGUACAGAAAUCGACUGCAGUACUUCCAAGACCAUAUCAAUGACAUCGUGAAAAUCCAGGCCUUCAUCCGUGCCAAUAAAGCUCGUGAUGACUACAAAACCUUAAUUAGUGCUGAAGACCCGCCGAUGGCCGUAGUCCGGAAGUUUGUCCACUUGUUGGAUCAAAGUGAUCAAGAUUUCCAAGAGGAGCUCGAUUUGAUGAAGCUGCGAGAGGAGGUUGUGACCUUGAUCAGGUCCAAUCAGCAACUGGAGAAUGAUCUCAACCUCAUGGACAUCAAAAUUGGGUUGCUAGUGAAAAACAAAAUCACGCUGCAGGAUGUUGUGUCUCACAGCAAGAAGCUUACUAAAAAGAACAAGGAGCAGCUCUCGGAUAUGAUGAUGCUGAACAAGCAAAGAGGAGGCUUGAAGGCUCUGAGCAAAGAGAAGAGAGAGCGGCUGGAGGCCUACCAGCAUCUUUUCUACCUGCUGCAGACUAACCCAACUUAUCUGGCUAAGUUGAUUUUCCAAAUGCCCCAGAACAAGUCCACAAAAUUUAUGGACUCAGUGAUCUUCACUCUGUACAACUAUGCAUCCAAUCAAAGAGAAGAAUACCUGCUACUGCGCCUCUUUAAGACUGCUCUGCAGGAGGAAAUCAAAUCAAAAGUGGAUCAGCUACAUGAGAUUGUGACUGGCAACCCCACAGUUAUAAAGAUGGUGGUGAGUUUCAACCGUGGUGCUCGUGGGCAGAACGCCUUGAGACAGAUCUUGGCACCUGUCGUGAAGGAGAUAAUGGAGGACAAAGCACUCAAUAUCAAAACGGAUCCAGUGGACAUAUACAAAUCGUGGGUCAACCAGAUGGAGACACAGACUGGAGAGGCCAGUAAGCUGCCUUAUGAUGUUACACCAGAACAAGCGUUGGCUCAUGAAGAGGUGAAGACGCGUCUGGAUGCCUCCAUCAAGAACAUGCGAACAGUGACAGACAAGUUCCUGCUGGCCAUCAUCAGCUCCUUGGAGAAAAUCCCUUAUGGUAUGCGUUUCAUUGCCAAAGUCUUGAAAGAUUCCUUGCAUGAGAAAUUCCCUGAUGCCAGUGAGGAUGAGUUGCUGAAGAUUGUUGGCAAUCUUCUGUACUAUCGCUACAUGAACCCAGCCAUUGUGGCUCCUGAUGCUUUUGACAUCAUUGAUCUGUCAGCUGGAGGACAGCUGACGACAGACCAGCGGCGCAAUCUUGGCUCCAUUGCAAAGAUGUUGCAGCACGCGGCAUCCAAUAAGAUGUUCCUGGGGGACAACGCACACCUUAGCAUCAUCAAUGAGUAUCUCUCCCAGUCCUAUCAGAAGUUCAGGCGCUUUUUCCAGGCCGCUUGUGAGGUCCCAGAACUGCAAGAUAAGUUUAAUGUUGAUGAGUAUUCUGACUUGGUCACUCUCACAAAGCCAGUGAUUUAUAUUUCCAUUGGAGAAAUCAUCAACACACAUACAUUGCUGCUGGACCAUCAAGAUGCAAUUGCUCCUGAGCAUAAUGACCCCAUUCAUGAACUUCUAGAUGAUCUGGGGGAAGUCCCCACCAUGGAAUCUCUGAUAGGGGAAGGACCUGGCAAUGCAAGUGACUCAAGCAAGGAGAUGCUGGCCAAGACAGAAGUUUCUCUCACCCUGACUAAUAAAUUUGAUGUUCCUGGAGAUGAGAAUGCAGAGAUGGAUGCAAAGACAAUUCUGCUGAACACAAAGCGUUUAAUUGUGGAUGUCAUCCGUUUCCAGCCAGGAGAAACACUGACGGAGAUCCUGGAAACUGCAGCCUCUGCAGAGCAGGAAUCUGAGCAUCAGAGGGUGAUGCAGAGACGAGCUAUUCGGGAUGCCAAAACUCCUGAUAAGAUGAAGAAAUCGAAAGCUGUCAUGGAGGACAGUCAUCUGAGUCUUCAAGAGAAGAAGGACAAGAUCAAGCUGGGGCUGAAGAAGUUGUCAGAGCUGGGCACAGUGAACCCCAAGAACAGAUACCAGGACCUGAUCAAUGAUGUUGCAAAGGACAUCCGGAAUCAGCGACGUUAUCGCCAACGAAGAAAAGCUGAAUUGGUGAAGCUGCAGCAGACCUACAGUGCCCUUAAUUCCAAGGCAGUUUUUUAUGAGGAGCAAGUGGAUUAUUACAAGAGCUAUAUCAAAACCUGCUUGGAUAACUUGGCCAGCAAGGGAAAGGUCUCAAAAAAGCCACGGGAAAUGAAAGGGAAGAAGAGUAAGAAGAUUUCCCUGAAGUACACAGCAGCUCGACUGCAUGAAAAGGGGGUCCUGCUGGAGAUCGAGGAUCUGCAAGCCAGCCAAUUCAAAAAUGUGAUAUUUGAAAUUGGUCCCACAGAAGAAGUUGGAGAUUUUGAAGUAAAAGCAAAGUUCAUGGGUGUUCAGAUGGAGACAUUCAUGCUACAUUAUCAGGAUCUGCUGCAGCUACAGUAUGAAGGUGUGGCCGUCAUGAAGUUGUUUGACAGAGCAAAAGUCAACGUUAAUCUCCUCAUCUUUCUCCUGAACAAGAAGUUUUACGGGAAGUAGCUGCUGUUCCUCAGUUGUCUGUGAAAAGAGCUUUUUGUGCUU